AUGGUAGCUGUUGUAUCAAGUGACUCUCAUAAAGAGAGGCAGUCAAAUCGUCCCAGGUUUAUUACUCCUGUCUCAGCAGCUGAAAAGAGUAUUCCUGUAGUUCCAGCUCCUGAUGAAAAAGCUUACAAAGAGACAACCGAGGCAAUUCGUCAGGUUCUCAACGAAUGGAACAUAAAGAUCAGAGGCUUAACGAAGAUGAUAAAUGAUAGAAGCGUGGGGAGAGAGGCUUUUGAUAGAAAAAAGAGCGAAUUCCAGGCUAAAUUGGAUGAAUAUCAGAAGUGCAUUGAAAACCUCGAAGAAGAAAGAAAAGUAUGUAUGGCUAAGAUAAACGAAAAGUCUAAAGAGGGCCGUGAGAUGAAGGCUAAUUUGCAAAACCUCAAGAAGUCAGUAGGGUAUAAAUCAGAGGAAGAAAUUGAGGCUAGAAUCAAAGAGAUUGAAUAUCAGUUAGUUACUUCUACGUUAUCUCUAAAGGAUGAGAAGAAGUUACUCUCUCAAAUUUCUCAACUUAAACAAAGCCGUCCAAUAGUUGGAAGGUUUGCUCAUAUGGAUGCAAGCGCUUCAUCGUUUGAGGAAAACUCAAUUAUCCCAUUAAGAGCUAAGAUUGGUUCAAUUAUAGAAGAUCUUAACAAGUUCCGCAAACAAAAAAAAGAAGUAUUUGACAAAUUGCGUGCCCUUACAGUAGAUAGACAAAAGGCAUUAGAACCGCUCAGAUCACUUUAUGAUGAAAGGAGUGCAAUGCAGAGUAAAGUAGAGGAGCAGCAUACAAAACUUCGUCAAUUGAGAGAGGAAUAUGACCGUGAAAUGAGGCUAUUUAUGGAGUAUCAAAGUAAACUUAGGGCACUUCGAUCUGAAAGAGUUAAAGAGGAAAAAACCUUAAGGGAUCUCUAUAGACAGCGCGAUGAUCUCAAGCUUGCAUUGGAGCAAGAAGAUGAUCCACCCAUUUCCACUGAAAUGCAAUUAGUCCAACAAUCUCUAAGCUAUAUCCAAAAGCUUAUGGAGUCCCAUGGAAUUACUGACAAGACUUCGGAAUCUACAAAGGAAAAAGCUAACUUAAAUGAUGAGAGCAAGGGUUUUUCCGCUUCUGCUAUUAAGGGAUGCGACAAAGACGAGUCAGUGCUUCUGCCAAAAAACCAGAGGAAUGAAGAAUAUCUUAUUCCUCCCAAAGGAAAGAAAAAUAAGAGAAAACAGAACUCGUCUUCGAAUAGCUCAAGCUCGACUCAUAAGCCUCUUGUUGUAGAUUUCACCAUCAUUUCAACAUUUGAAAAAGUUGACUUGGACGUUCCUAUGACUACUGACGACCUUCCAAAGGCUUAUUCACUGUUAAUGGAAAAACAUCUUAAGCUUAAGAGUGAAUCUGAUGAAAAAUUCGCAAAUCGUGAGAAAAGAAAGGAGGAAAUCCUCAAAAAACUCGGAGAUAUUGAACUAAAAAUCACCGAUGCUGGAGGAGUCCUUGAAGAUACGCCCUCCUCUUCACCAAAGAUUGAGGAAUCAAAGGAAUGA